AUGUCCACCGACCAGAAAUCGGAGUCGAGCCAUCUCGAGGUGGUGGACCAGCAGCCCCGUCAACCAGAAAGUGAAACACUGGGGUUCUACGACCCAGCUAGCCAGCAUGGCCGUUCGACCUGGCAAGCACUCCGGGCGAAUCCUAUUGUGGUCCUCUUCUGCCUGUAUGGCAAUAUUGGGGCUUUGAUGUACGGCUUCGAUAAUCUAGUCCUGUCGCUGGCUCUGUCAAUGACUGCAUUUGAACAGACAUUUGGUACCCUCACAAACGGUUCUUACGUGAUCCCCGCAUAUUGGCAGUCCCUGUGGAACGCCCUGUCCCAAGUCGCCACGAUGCUCGGAUCAACAGCCGCGGGUCCCAUCCAGGAUAGGUUUGGACGUCGAGCAGCCUUCCUCGUGGCAGCAUGUCUGUCUGCCGCCGGUAUUGCAGUCGUGUACACGGCUUCGACUCCGGGCGCGUUCCUUGCCGGAAAGAUCGUCAAUGGCUUGUCGUUGGGUCUCGCUCUGACCACGGGGCAGACGUAUAUUUCGGAGAUCACCUCGCUUGAGGUGCGAGUGGUGUUGACAAUCACUUCGCAGAACCUUGGUUAUCUCAUCGCCGCAUCUGUGGCUCUUCCGCGCAUGUCAAUGUCCAGCGAUGCAGCAUACAAGGUAUGGAUAAAACCAUCUGCUUCAAAUUACCCUCAGAAACUGACAAUCCAGGUCCUCUUCGCCUCCGGCUGGGUCUGGCCCGGAGUCAUUCUCCUCUUCCUCCCAUUCAUGCCCGAAUCCCCGUACUUCCUAGUCAUGAAAGGCCAGCGCGAAAAAGCUGGCCGCAUGCUAUCCCGACUGGGCAACCGUGCCUCCGAGACGCCGCUCAUUCUCGCAGACAUCGUCCGCACACACGAGGAAGAGCAACAGCGCAACGAAGCAGCCAAGGAAGCCAGCUUCCUGGAAUGCUUCAAGGGAGUUAAUUGGCGACGCACGCGGAUCAUCCUCUACUGCAAUGCGUUAUCGCAGGUCAUCGGGUCCAGCUUCAUGACCAAUGGGCCGUACUUCCUCGUGCAGGCGGGCAUGUCCUCUGCCAAGACGGGGAUGAUGACGGAGAUUGGCAUUGCAUUUGGGAUUGCCAGUUCGCUAGUCACAGGAUAUGUGAUGACAGUUUGUGGGAGACGGGCGCUGGUCAUGUUCGGCAUUGGGCUCUCGACGAUGCUGUUCACGGUCAUGGGGAUAGCGGGGUGUUUCCCACAUUCGAGUCCGGCGUUAUGGGUGGUCGGCAUCUUCCUCGAGCUCUCCUGGUGGGUCUACGGCCCCGCCAUCGGCCCAGCCAUGGCCAUUGCAGGUGAAGUUUCAUCGGUACGACUACGUGCUAAGUCACUGGCCAUCGGGUUUACGUUCAACUAUUUCUUCUCGACGGUAUGGAACGUGGUGAUGCCGUAUCUGUAUAACAGUGACGAGGCGGAUCUGGGGGGUUUGAUCGGGUGGAUCUUUGCGGGCAUGGGGGCUGUCACGCUGUUGAUUCUGUUCUUUGAACUUCCUGAGACCAAGGGGAGGAGCUUUGAGGAGCUGGAUGAGAUGUUUGCAGCGGGGGUGCCGACGAGGCAGUUUCAGCGGUAUCAAUGCGAGGUGGGGCAGGGGUAUGGGGGGAAGGUGGUGCAUGAUGGCGAGGAUUAG